AUGGCGCUCAGCAAGCCACCGGCGACCGACGACGACCAGGCCGAGCGGGAGUACCUCGCGUCCUGCCUCAUGCCGCUAUCGCGCGGCCUCUGCGACGGUGGCGCGACCGACGCCAAGAGGGCGGGCGCGGCGCCUACGGCAUCGAAUAAGGCCGACGGCCAGCACCACCCGCACGGGUACGAGUGCUCCAUGUGCAGCAAGGUUUACGCGUCCUACCAGGCGCUGGGCGGGCACAAGACGAGCCACCAGAAGCCGCCAGCCGCGGCAGCGCCAAGAGACGAGGCGUCGUCCAGCGGCACCGCGCACGAGAAGGAGGAGAAGCUGCACCAGUGCUCGCUCUGCCUCCGCACGUUCCUGUCGGGGCAGGCGCUGGGCGGGCACAAGCGGCUGCACUGCGAGGCCAAGGACAAGGGCAAGGACGCCGCCAGGACCAACAAGGCCAGCGUGGCGGCGACGGCCGUGCUGCGGGACUUCGACCUCAACCUGUCGGCUGAGGCCGAGAGUGCGACGCCGGAGGCCAAGCGGGCACGGACGAUGCUGCUGGUGGCUGAUGAUCCAGCGCUCUUUCCAACGGCGGCGAGGUGUUAG